AUGUUAUCGAUGCUAAGUUCAAUAUAUGAUCCAUUAGAAUUUAUUGGACCGUUCAUUCUUCGAGGUAGAAGAAUAAUCCAACAUCUGUGUUGUGACAACUUUGGUUGGGAUGACAGAGUACCAGUAGACGUUGUGGAGAAUUGGCAUAAGUGGAUAAAUUUUGGAGAAAUAGUUGAGUCUGAACUACAUCAUCUUUCUGAUGCAUAUAGUAGUGGUUAUGGUCAGGUGUCUUAUUUGAGGAUAAAAAAUAAAAGAGGGAGGAUACAUUGUGCCUUUGUAUCUGGAAAAUCAAGAGUGGCCCCAAAGAAGUUUAUAUCAAUACCACGUUUGGAGUUAACCGCUGCUGUUUUGUCGAUCAAGAUGUCCAAGGUCAUAAGGAAAGAAUUAACAUAUCACAUAAAUAAUGAAUUCUUCUGGACGGAUAGUCAAGUCGUUCUGAGUUACAUUUGUAAUUCAGAAAAGAGAUUUAAAAUUUUUGUGGCAAAUCGGAUUCAAAUCAUUAAGGAUAACUCAGAUGUUAAUCAAUGGCAUUACAUAAACACUAAGGACAAUCCAGCUGAUUAUGCUUCUCGAGGAAUAAAGGCUGAUCAAGACAAGGCAGAAAUAUGGUUUAAUGGUCCAAGCUUUCUUUGGCAGCCGAGACAUGUUUGGAAACAACCUGAUGUUGCUGCAGAAAUAUCGGAAGAUGAUCCGGAAGUUAAGAAGUCUGUGCAUGUUAACAUGAUUACUAUCCAGAAUGACGUGUUGUCAAGAAUUGAAAACCGCUUAUCAAGCUGGGAGAAAGCAAAAAGACAAAGAAGACAAGAACAAUCAUUGUUAAAAGUUGAUCAUCCACAUCUUAAACAUCUUAGUGUCGACAUGAUGGAACAUGCAGCAUCUAAAAUUAUCAGUCUACUGCAAGAAAAAUAUUUUGCAUCAGAAAUCGAUUCUCUGGGAAGGAAAUCAAAUUUAAUCUCAUCCAGCACCAUAUAUCAAUUAAACCCAUUUCUUGAUUCUCAUGGAAUAUUACGUGUUGGUGGAAGGCUAAGAAACGCAAAUUUUGACGAAAACGUAAUCCAUCCUAUCCUGCUGCCAAAAAAUUCGAAGAUAACAGAAUUAAUUGUUCGUUGGUGUCAUGAAAAGGUAGCUCACAGUGGAAGAGGAAUGACCUUAAAUGAACUUUGUGGAAAUGGAAGAGGUAAGGUUGGGAAUCAGUUAAUGGGCAAUUUACCAAAAGAGAGAUUACAAUCAGAGCCGCCAUUUACGUAUUGUGGAGUUGAUAUGUUUGGUCCCUUUGUAAUCAAGGUUAGGAGGAAUGAAUUAAAAAGGUAUGGAGCAAUGUUUACAUGUCUUAGUAGUCGUGCUAUCCAUAUUGAAAUAACAUCAUCAAUGGACACAGAUUCAUUUAUACUCGCAUUAAGACGUGUUAUUGCCAGAAGAGGAAACAUUAGAACCAUGAUUUCUGAUAAUGGAUCAAAUUUUGUUGGAGCUCAGUCAGAACUACGCAAAGCAUUUGAAGAAAUGGAUCAAAAGCAUGUCCAAGAAUUUUUAUCUAACCAAGGUAGAGAGUGGAUAAUUUGGAAGAAAAUUCUCCAGCAGCUAGCCAUAUGGAGGGAGUAUGGGAACGACAAAUACGUUCAACCUUUGACUGUUGAAACACUAAAUGAUGUCAACAGUAUGCAACCAUUAUCCCCAAGUCAACUUCCUACAAUGAAGAGCAAGGUGAUAAUGCCACCCCCUGGAUCAUUCUCACAACCUGAUCUAUAUAGUCCCAAACAGUGGAGAAGAGUCCAAUACUUGGCGAACGAACAGAAAAAGGUGAUAUUGGAGCGUCCAAUUCACAAUCUCGUUUUGUUGGUUGAAAUUGCUUAUGUGGAAAGUUCAUGUAUCUGUUUUGAUGUUUAUGAGUGUACUGAGUCUCUAUGUGGACUGUUAUGCAUUGGGGCAUGCUUAUUGACAUUACCUUUGUUCUUUACAUAA